ACCGGCAACCCGCGCAAGGGCCUGUACGGCUCUGGGGAAGCGGACGACCGGUACACGCUCGUGUUCGAGUCGCUCGACGCGUUCGAGGCGUGGCGCCAGCACGAGGAGGAGGAGAAGAUGGUCGAGUUCGUGAAGGGCGACACGCACGCGUCCAAGGCCGUCCCGCCGCGCUUCAAGGAGCACAUCAAGCUCGUCUGCGGCCGCCACUCGCGCGGCGGGCGCAAGAAGUACGUGAAGAAGUACCCGGACAGGGUGCGCAAGGUCCCGAGCAGAAAGCUUGACGGUAUCGGCUGCUCGGCGUCGAUCAGCUACAAGACGUACUUCGACACGGACGAGGUCCGCGCGUGCUAUGUCGCGGAACACUCGCACGAUAUCGGGCCCGCGAACUUCCCGUUCACGAAGCGCGGCCGGAAGGCGCAGGCAGAGAUAGAUGCCCAGACGGCGGGCGAGCGUCCUCGAGGCCGGCCGCGCAAGGACCGCGGGUCGAUGACGCCGGCGUCCCAGAGCCCCUCGUCGGCCUCGUUCAUGGACGACGGGCACAACGCCAUCGCGGGCCCGUCGUCGGCGUCGACUUCGAUGAACCAGGACGUGCCUUCUUCCCCGGAAGGGAUGCAGGCCCCGCCACAGACGUUCCAGUCCGCCAUCUCAAUGCUUGCGCCCCUGCCCUCGGUGCCGCCGCUGCAGCAGCCGUCCCUCGACGCCACGCAGGACCGUUGGGAGCGCAUGGCUGUUCUCUUCCAGAGCGUCCGCGACCAUGCGCGCGGGUUCGAGUUCCCGACGCCGUCCGUCGCUGCGCUCGAGAGCGUGCUCAUCCGUUUGUAUCUAGAAAGUCCGAUUGGAGGAUCGAUACCGGGACCG